CUGCUGCUGCUGCUGUUACUGCUGCCACCGCCGGCGGGGGGCGCGGCCAUGGGCGCGGCGGAGAAGCGGCAGCUCAGGGACCAGGUUGUGGAGAUGUUUGAACACGCAUAUGGCAGCUACAUGAAGUAUGCAUAUCCUGCAGAUGAGCUGAUGCCUUUGAGCUGUCGGGGUCGAGUGCGGGGCCUGGAGCCAAGUCGUGGAGAUAUCGAUGAUGCUCUUGGCAAGUUUUCCCUCACGCUGAUUGACACCUUGGAUACUCUUGUGGUUCUUAACAAGCUGGACGAGUUUGAGGAUGCUGUGCGCAAGGUGGUGCUGGAUGUGCGGCUGGACAAUGACGUGGUUGUCUCUGUGUUUGAAACUAACAUCCGUGUACUGGGGGGUCUGCUAGGGGGUCACAUCAUGGCCGACAUGUUGAAGGUGCAAGGUGAACGAUUGCAAUGGUAUAAAGAUGAGCUCUUGCAUUUGGCUCGGGACCUGGGGUACCGUCUCUUGCCUGCUUUCAACACUACCAGCGGACUGCCCUACCCCAGGGUGAACUUGAGAUAUGGAGUCCUGAGCCCAAAUUCCCGGACGGGUACGGAGCUGGACACCUGCACGGCUUGUGCUGGCACCAUGAUUUUGGAGUUUGCUGCCCUCAGCCGCCUGACACAAGAGACAGUGUUUGAAGACACAGCCCGGAGAGCACUGGACGUCCUCUGGGAGAAGCGCCAAAAAGGGAACAACUUGGUGGGCACGGUCAUUAACAUUCACAAUGGAGACUGGGUCCGGAGGGACAGUGGGGUCGGUGCUGGGAUAGAUUCGUACUAUGAGUACCUCAUGAAGGCCUAUAUCCUGCUUGGAGAUGACACCUACCUGGAGAGGUUCAAUGCACAUUACGUGGCCAUAAUGAAGUACAUCAGCCAGCCUCCGCUCCUGCUGAAUGUCCAUAUGCACAACCCCACUGUCAGCAUUCGGAGCUGGAUGGACUCCCUCUUGGCCUUCUUCCCUGGGCUACAGGUGCUGAGAGGGGAUUUGAAGCCUGCUAUUGAGACGCAUGAGAUGCUAUACCAGGUCACCAAGCAGCACAAAUUCCUCCCUGAGGCAUUCACGUCAGACUUUGCUGUGUACUGGGCCCAGCAUCCUUUGAGGCCCGAGUUUGCAGAAAGCACCUACUUCUUGUACAAGGCUACUCGGGACCCCUACUACCUCCAUGUGGGCAAAUCUAUCAUAGAGAGCCUGAACAGGCAUGCCCGGGUAGAGUGCGGCUUUGCGGCGGUGCAGGACGUGCGGACUGGCCGACACGAGGAUAGGAUGGACUCCUUUUUCCUGGCCGAGAUGUUUAAGUACCUCUACUUGCUUUUCACAGAGAAGCGAGAUCUGCCUCUAGACAUUGACGAUUACAUCUUUACCACAGAGGCCCACCUGCUGCCCUUAUCCCUCUCCACCACCCGGCCCCCCUGCCCAAGGAAUACGACCGUACGUUGGCCUCAGGCUCAGCAAAGCAGCAGGGGCACAAUGCUUCACGGGGGCCUUGCCGAGGAAGAGGAGAUCUUUACCCGAUCGUGCCCCAGUGCUCAGACCCUCUUCCCCAAUAACCCAACCUUCCCUUACACCAUACGUGACACCCACAAGCACCUGCCAUCACUGGGGACGGAGCGCCUUACGCUGUUCAGCGGGAUUGAGCUUCCUCUUCAUGACACCAGGACGGAGCCCUUGGAGAUUCUGAAGCACCUGGGACUCACCCUCAUUCCCCUGGGUGAUGGGAGUGUGCAUAUGGCUGGUGCCCAGCACAAGCAUGAAGUGUCUCCUGUGGAGGUGUUCACCCUGAAGUUCAUCGCUGAGCUGGUCAGCCCUCCUUCAAGAGAGCCUCCAGGCCUCUCCCCACUUGCUGUCCAAGUCAUUUCCCCCCCAUUUUUAGGGAGAAUGGUACUCACUGCUGGGCCAGCCCAGUUCGGCAUGGACCUGACCAAAGAGGAGCAUGGGGUAAAGGGAAGCCUGGUCCAGAGCGAACCAUAUCAGGCCUGUUCCACAAUUGCCAACCGGGAGGAAGUGCAAGGCAAAAUUGCGCUGGCCCAGCGAGGGGGGUGCAUGUUUGCUGCCAAAACCAGGAACCUGCAGGGAGCGGGCGCCUCGGGAGUGAUUUUUAUUGAUGAUGCAGAAGGCAGCCGCAGCGAGGACAUGGUGCCUUUCCAAAUGGCGGGAGACGGCAGUGCUGAUGACAUUGUCAUCCCCCUUGUCUUCCUCUUUUGGAAGGAGGGCCAAACCCUCCUGGAUGCCUUGGCCCAUCAUCGCAAUGUGGAGGUGGUGUUGGGUGCCAAACUCUUCUUGCUAGGGGAAGACAAAGAAGAGAGUCCUGCAUCUCCAAAAGACGCCUCGGAGUUGCUGCACGUUGAGCGAGAAAGAUGCUUUCGAGGUGGCUGGGACCAAGCAGUCACGGAGGAGGCCUCUCUCAGUGCCCCAGACGGUAGCUGGCAGCCAGUACCUGCGGCCCAGGAGCACUGAACUGGCCUAGCCACUGGCCGCCCCCCAGCCCGGGGAUGCUGAGAACUUGGAACGAUGGUGCCACAUGACCACAAGCUGGCCAUGCAGCCAGGAGUUGGCAUUGGCAAGGUUGGAAACCUAGCCACUUACAACCUCAGGAACUUUUACGUAUGCAAAUUUGUGUGAUAGUGCGGGGGAUGGCCUGUGGGGGGCGGGGAGGGGUUCUGCUGAAAGACCAGGGAAGAGGACGGGGAAGACCCUGAGGAGGUGGCCUUUGCGCACGUUGGAGAAGGACUUGGGGUUU